UUAAUAAUUGUUGCUGGAGUUUCAUGCGAGUAAAAAUACGUCAACAGCCUGUUGUCGAAUGAUGCCUGGCAGGCUUUGCUCAGGGAUAUACAGUGCAGCAAGCCGGUAAAGCCGCUGUUCCGCCUGUACCAUUCUAAGUAAAAAGGGGGGGUUUGAUUUAUCACCACUAAUUAAUCUUCCCUUCGGUUGACAUUCAUCGGAACAUUUUCCUAAAAAAAUGCAAUUAAUUGAAGUGGCAUUAAGCCACUUAUGUAGAAUGUGAAGAGUUAAUGAGCAAAAGCUACUGUUAUUUGUAGAAAUUGAGCUCACACCCUCCUCCACUUUUCGUUAGCUCUGCCACGGAUCGUCUUCUAAACGGUCGACCAAAAACUAUUGCUGGAACUCUACAGCACUGUUUUAUUCUAUAAAAAAUAGUUUAAUCACGACUGAGACACCACUAUGACGUUAUGAAGGAACACACACUUAAAGAAGAUGUUUUUUCUUGAUAUUUGUUUUUAUUAUCUAGGAGUUUUGUUUCUCUUGGUUAGCGAUUGGUCGUACAGCAGCGGGUCUCGGUUUUGUUUACUGUUGCUGGAAUGCUAGCUAACUAGAUGCGCUAUGUGUAGUUUUUCUGGGAAGACGGUCAGAUUUGGGUUUGUUUUAUUCGAGAAGUAAAUAUAGGCGCGCCUUAGGAUACGACAACAUUAUUGGCUUGCCGCAGAAACGUUUCAGGACAAGAUGAUCGAGGUGGUGGCCUCCAUGGCCCGAGGGCCCGUGUUUCUGGCCGGGGAGCUGAUGGAGAGUCUCAUCACAUUCACCAACCCGAUAUCUCACCUGUCCACCUCAGCCAGCAGUGAGAUGCUGGCGUGGGCCAGCGCUCAGAUCCACUGUCAGUUCCACGCCAGCGAGAACAGAGUGGCUCUGCCGACGCAGGGAAACAAACAGGACGUCCAGGCUGAGAGCAACACAGUGCUGAUUCCUAACAGAGGAGAGCGUGGUCAGUGUGUGCUCGACACACCACCCAAGAUACUAUUCUGUGACCUGCAGCUGGACCCCGGAGAGAGCAAAACCUAUUCGUACAGUGAGAUCGUUCCCGUCGACGGUCCUCCUAGUUUCCGUGGUCAGGCGGUGAAGUACGUCUACAAACUGACCAUCGGCUGCCAGAGAGUCAACUCUCCCAUCAAGCUGCUCAGGAUUCCUUUCAGAGUGCUCGUUCUGCAAGGAAUGCCAGAGCCUCCGUUCCCCCAGGACGAGGAGGUUUCCCCCUCCAACCCGUUCCUGGAGGAAGAGGAGGCGAGCCGGCGGGACGCUUCGUCUCUGGAGAGAGCGCUGGACAUGCUGAUGGUCACCACCUCAAGACGCUGCCCCCAUAUGUUUAAUAUCACCAACAUGCGCGGGAAAGUGGCAAAGUUCUGCAUCUUCAAGACGGUUUACAGACUCGGGGAGGACAUCGUCGGCACGUUCAACUUCUCCGAGGGAGACAUUCCCUGCCUGCAGUAUUCUGUGAGUCUCCAGAGUGAGGAGGAGAUCCAGCAGCAGUACCAGCGGCGCCCCGGUCAGGUGAUCAGUGUGACGGGACACGGCCGACACAUGGAGUCGUGCCUCCACACGGCCUCCAGCCACUUCUCCCUGCCCGUCCCCCUCAACGUCACGCCGGGCUUCAGCACAGACAUCGUGAUGCUGAGGUGGCGCCUUCACUUUGAGUUCGUCACGGCCCGGGAGCCCAUGGAGCCGCCCACGGUCCUGCAGAACCAAUCAGAGGUCACGGUCUGGGCGGGGGCGGAGCAUGUGGACGUGGACACCUUCAGCUGGGACCUGCCAAUCAAAGUCCUGCCCACCAACCCGGCCCUGGCGUCCUACACGUCCCACUUCACCGGGACCAACAGCAUCAAUAUCUGACUCUGUGUGUGUGUGUGUGUGUGUUUGUGUGUGUGUGUGUGUGUGUGUGUGUGUGUGUGCGUGUUAGUGUGUGCGUGUUAGUGUGUGCGUGUUAGUGUGUGCGUGUUAGUGUGUGUGUGUGUGUGUUCGUAUUCUUGUACUUCCUACAUAGUGAGGACCGGAACACGUUUUUAACCUGCAAAGUGAGCACAUUUUGGCCGGUCCUCACUUCUUUAAAGGCUUUUUGGAGAUUUCAGACUUUGUUUUAGAGUUAAAGGUUAAUAUAUCAGGUUUAUGUUAGGGUAACCAUGUAUUAGGGUUAGGUUAAGGGGCUAGGGAACAAGGUUAUUAUAGUUAAUGAAAACGAAACGUAAUAAUGAAAACUAGAAUUGAAAAAACAUUUUUGUUAACUGAAAUAAAAAUAAAAAUGAGAGUUUAAAAAAAAAGAUAAUUAACUGAAACUGUAGUUUGUGGUUACAAAUAGCCCAUUACAAAAAACUACAACUAAUAAAAACUAAACUAAAACUAAAGCAUUUCAAAAAAAUAAAAACUAAACUAAAACUAAAGCAUUUCAAAAAAAUAAAUACUAAACUAAAACUAGCAAACUCACUCUAAAAAUUACUUAAAACUAACUGGAUUUGAAAACAAAAAUUCGAAAUUAAAACUAAAACUAAAGAAAAAUCCAAAACUAUUAUAACCUUGCAAGGGAAUUCACUGUUAUAAUGAGGGUCCUCACAAAGAUAGAAGUACAAGAGUGUGUGUGUGUGUGUGUGUGUGUGUGUGUGUGUGUGUGUGUGUGUGUGUGUGUGUGUGUGUGUGUGUGUGUGUGUGUGUGUGUGUGUGUGUGUGUGUGUGU